AUGUCCUCCGGCGAAAAGAAAGAAGCCGGUCUGAUGACCAACCCGGAGCCUCUAAUCGAGAGCUUGCCGGGGCAGCUAGAAGCGCAAGUUGCGAACCGAGAUGCCGAAGCUGAAAAGCGUCUCGCACGGUUACACGAGCUAUACGGAGCAACGUGGGACGGGCCCGACGACCCUAACGAUCCAUACAACUGGCCCGAGUGGCGGAAGGUCUCAAUCGGUAUUAUCUUCUCUGUCGGCCAGCUCGUGACUUUAAUGUCAGCCAGCAUAAUGGCAGCAGCCCUCGGUAGCAUAUCUCACGAUCUAAACAUCGACGCGUCGACUUCGCAGAUCACCCUCUCCAUCUACUUCCUCGGUUUGGGGAUUGGCCCAUUCUUUAUAGCUGCUCUCGCGGAGAUGAAUGGUCGGAAGAACAUCUGGAUCGUCAGCAACGCCUGGUAUAUCCUAUGGAAUGCGCUUUGCCCGGUGGGAAAAUCCACAGGUUUGAUGAUUACCGGUAGGUUUCUCGCUGCGACGGGCGCGGGAGCCGGCAUUAUACUUACGGGCCCCGUUAUGGCGGAUAUGUACCACGCGAAGGAUCGUGGUAAGUCACUUGCCAUCGCCUCUUUUCUUCCGUAUCUGGGUCCGGCUCUGGGUCCUAUCGUUGGCGGGGUCGUUGUGCAGCUUGUCUACUGGCCGUGGCUUUUCUGGAUCGUGAGCAUCUUCGACGCAUUUAUAACUAUAUUGGGGGUCUUUAUCAUCAAAGAGUCGUACACUCCGGUUCUGCUACGUCGAAAGGCGGUCGCGAGAUCCGAGUCGGUCGUGCCAGUUUUAUCUCCACAGCAAUGGGCGUUCUGGAAAGACCUUUUCUCCCGGCUAGCGAUCUAUCUUCGACGACCGCUUCGGCUCCUUAUCCGGCGUCCAAUCAUUCAGGUUAUAUCUCUCGUCCUUGCUUUGAACUUUGGUAUCUAUACAUUAAUGCUCUCAACUUUCGCAACGCUCUGGAUCGAUUGGUAUGGGCAGUCCGCCCUCAUUGGUAGUUUACACUACCUAUCUUUCUCGAUUGGUUUUUGUAUGACGGCGCAGAUAGGGGCAAGAAUUAUGGACAUUAUAUAUAGGCGGUUACGAGAUCGACCAAAGAAUAAGGGUGAGGAUCGGCCUGAGUUUCGCGUUCCGUAUAUGCUUCCUGGAGUUCUCUUUAUUCCUGUGGGGCUCUUUUGGUACGGAUGGGCAGCAGAAUACCGCAUUUAUUGGGUCAUGGUUGACAUCGGUGCUAUCAUAUUCACGUGCGGGAGCUCAAUUAUAGCUCAAGCUCUGCUAGCAUACACUCUUGACAUGUUUGGCGAGCUGGGUGCCUCGGCGAAUGCUGCCACGAGAUUUCUAUCCAACAUACUAGGAUUCGUCUUUCCAAUAUUUGCCCCUCAACUGUACGAUAGCUUGGGUUACGGCUGGGGAAACAGUCUCCUGGCAUUCAUUUUCGUAGCCCUAGGUCUCCCCAUGCCGUUACUUUUGUGGGUUUGGGGGGAGAGGUUGAGAGCGCUGGGGAAAAAACAGCACGAGUAG